GUUGUCUGCUGUUUUUUUCCACUGCAAAUCUAAUUAGCCUGCCUCCAAUAGCGAUGCUGUUUUUCCAGUUUCUCAACUAAUAAUUACAGAGUGUGAAGUUUCUAUUUUCUUCCACUAAGAAAAUGGAAGAAUCUUCUUCUUCUCUUCACUCUGUGAAAAUAAUGCACGGACGCAAAUUACUCAACCGAAUAUUUUCAUCUGUAUACGGAUUUGCCAUUGUAGCUUUGUUCUACCACCAUUUGUUCACAUUCACCGCACUUCACCUGCGCGGCCGCCUGUCAAUUUUCAUGUUGAUAUCCGAUUUCAUUCUGGCAUUCAUGUGGUUCACAUCACAGUCAUUCUUCAUGAACCCAGUUACUCGUCAACAGUUCCCUGAAAACCUCAAACAAUGGGUGGACAAUAAGGAUUUUCCGGCGAUUGACAUAUUCAUAUGUACGGCGGAUCCGUCCAAGGAGCCGCCGUUGACUACUGUUAACACGGUUUUGUCUGUUUUGGCCUAUGAUUAUCCGACGGAGAAGCUUUCCGCUUAUGUAUCGGAUGACGGAGGAUCGAAGCUCAUUCUGUUUGCUCUAAUGGAAGCGGCGGAAUUUGCACGGAAUUGGGUGCCUUAUUGCCGGGAAAAUAAGAUCGAGCAGAGGUGCCCGGAGGAGUAUUUCCGGCGAAACCAUACUAUAACUUCUCAAUUUCAGAUUAUUGAGAAUUUGUACUUGGACAUGAAGAUGAGGAUAGAGAAUGUUGUUGAGAGAGGUGAGGUUGUUGAUGAGUGUAUUAGUGACCCACAACAACGUCAAGCUUUUAGCAAAUGGACCAAAGGAUUCACUCCCAAAGACCAUCCUGCUAUAAUCCAGGUAUUAUUGGAAAGUGACAAAGAUAAAGACAUCAAAGGUUACUCAAUUCCAAAUCUCAUUUAUGUAUCUAGAGAGAAAAGCACAACCUCACUUCAUCAUUUCAAGGCUGGGGCACUCAAUGCUUUGCUCAGAGUCUCAGAAGCAAUGACAAAUGCACCAAUAAUUCUGACUCUUGAUUGUGACAUGUACUCAAAUGAUCCUCAAACGCUUCAGCGAGUCCUUUGUUACUUUUGUGAUCCUUCAAUUAGGUCUAAAUUAGGGUAUGUUCAAUUCCCCCAACGAUAUCAUGGACUCAAUGACGAUGAUUUAUAUGGAGGUGAUAAUGUACGUACAUUCCGAAUUUCACCUUCAGGCUUGGAUGGUCUUGGUGGCCCUGAUAACUGUGGAACUGGCUGUUUUUUCAAUCGUCGUGCUCUUUUUGGUAGCCCAUCAUCAGUUACAUCACUAGAACACUCUGGAGAUAGUAUGGCUAUCUCCAGUGUGUCAGUCGUUGAGAUAGCUAGUCAUGUUGCUAGCUGCAACUACGAGUACAACAACACCGAGUGGGGUACCAAGGUGGGGAUCAAGUAUGGAACACUUGUAGAAGACAUAUACACAGGUUAUAUGAUGCAUUGUGAAGGGUGGGAUUCAAUAUUUUGCGAUACUGAAAGGCCUGCAUUUUUAGGUGAAGUACCGAUUAAUUUAGAAGAUGUACUAAGCCAGGUUAAAAGAUGGGCUUUUGGACACCUUGAAGUUUUGUCCUGUAAAUACAGUCCAUUGACAUUUGGAACCAAAGCUCUGGGAAUUUUGAGGGCUAGUUGCUACAUACAUUAUGUUUUCUGGCCAUUUUGGUGCAUACCGGUCACUCUAUAUGCCUCCGUUCCACAACUAAGUCUCCUCAACAAUAUUUCCAUCUUUCCCAAGGUUUCUGAUCCAUGGUUCAUCUUGUAUGUCUUCCUAUUCUUUGGUGCCUAUGCACAUGAUUUUAUACAAUUCAUAUUGUUCAAAGGUACAACGAAAAGGUGGUGGAACGACCAAAGAAUGUGGUACGUGAAGGCAUUGUCACCUUUUCUUUUCGCCUCAAUAGAGUACCUAACGAAAAAGUUAGGCAUCACGACAAAAGGAUUCAACGUUACAAGCAAAGUAGUAGGGCAGGAUGAAAGAAAAAUGUAUGAUCAAAGCGUCUUCACAUUUGGAAUUCCUUCACCUAUGUUUGUGCCAUUAGCAACAGUAUCGAUCAUCAAUCUGAUCGCAUUUGUCCGAGGAAUCGUGACAGUAAUCUUUAGGAUGGAAAGUUUAGACGAGUUAUUCAUCCAACUAUUCAUUGCUGGAUUUGCAGUUGUCAAUUGCUUGCCGAUUUACGAGGCAAUGCUACUUAGAUCUGAUCAUGGCAAAAUGCCUGAGAGGAUAGUUAUUACUUCCUCUGUUCUUGCUGGGGUGCUCUGCAUUGCAUUUUCCUUAAUUGUAAGUUGAAAUUCCCUUAGUUGUAAAAAUAAUGCCAACAAAUUUAGUUUUCUUUAAAAUAAUAUAAAAAAAACCACCAUGUUGGUGUGGGUGGGGGUUAGGCAAUAGCCCAACCCGUAGAUAAUAAAAAGAAGAUGAGUACACUGAGGAGGACAUAAACCUUACCCUCCAAAACAUGAUGAAGAAUAUAUAAUUGUGUACACAUGAUAAAAAAGAGGCUGUCUAACCUUGGAGGACAUCUCAAUUAUUAUUCUUGUAAACUGAUUCAAAUAAUGACUUACUUAGGUAAAAAAAUCGAAUUACUUUUACUAUGAUCAACCAUGUUUAAGUUUAACCGUCCUUCCUCAAGUUUAUUCCACCUUACCUACUGACUGCAAAAUGCAUACCAUGGCUGAGGUAAAGUUACUUUGGGAAAUUGAGUAUUUGAUAGGAUAUACUUACAUACCUGUUGAAUAAUAUACUUGCGAAAUAUGUGAGCAUUUUUGUAAAGGCUUAUCACAAAGCUGACAAGUAACAUGAGGACGAUUCCAGUGGAGCACCGAAAUUGUUAGCAGCAGGUCUAUCCGUAGGCUUGGAGUUGUUUCCCGGAUGCAAAGCAUUAUUGGGUCGAGACCAGUUGUUAUGAGGUGAUGGUUUGACAACAAAAUUUGUUGUAAUUGAAAUUGUGGUAGAGGAAGAUGAGCGAAUGAGAUUCUACUCAAAAUCAAGGAGCUAGCUUCUCAUGAAGCUCUUCAAAUGUCACUGGAGUUUUUCGGGCACGUAAAACUGCAGUGAUAGUGUCAUAUUCGGUUGAAAGUCCAUGAAGGAAUAGCUCAUCCGUUGAAAUUUGAAUUCCAGCAGGCUAAAGUGUUGCUGAUAUGUUUGAUCUUCUGCAGAUAUGAAGUAACAGAGAGGUUACCCUUUUUCAUGUUGCUUAAAAACUCUCUAAGACUCAUUAUACGAUGGCUUCGCAUAGCUUGCUGCUAGAUUUUGCCAAAGAGCACAUGAAGAUUUGUCAUUAAUGACAAAGGGAACAAUAUCAAAAGAUAGAAAGACAACAAUGGCACUUCAUAAUAUCAGUUAAGAGAUAUCACUAAUAGAUGGCGCUGCUUGUUAUGAUAGUGGAGAUGAUUGCCUGCAGUACUGACUGUGGAGGUUGUUGAGAUGACAACAAAUUGUGACGAUAAGCGACAUUAGUAUUAGUGAUGGUUGUUUGUGGUGAUUAUGAUACUAAUGGUGGUUCGUGGUUGGCAACCAUAAUGAUGGUUGACAAUAAUAGUG